AUGAUUGAUGGAGAGGCUAAAAUAAACGCUCGCAUCCGGCAUCCGAAUGUCGUUCAGUUUCUCGGAGUUGCGAAGGAACCAGGCCGCAUUUACAUCGUGAGCGAGCUAGUUGAUGGUUGCAAUAUGGAGGAUGCAAUUUUCGAUGAAGAAAGAAAGAGGGAAAUGGGGAUAGGUCACGUGGAUAAGUUGUUUGUUGCAAAGCAGUGUGUCCAAGCAGUAGCAGCUUAUCUUCACACAUUAGUUCCGCCGGUUAUCCACAAGGAUAUCAAACCUGCCAAUGUUUCGAUCAGGAAGAACUGCUUCACUACGAAGCUUUGUGACUUAGGUAUAAGUAAAGUAAAAUCUCUUACUGCGGCAAAUACUGCCUGUGCAGGAAAUCCUGGCGGCACCCCGGCUUACAUUGCACCAGAGUGCCUCUUGGCCGGUAAGAAGGCAACAGCAGCGACGGAUAUCAGGUCACUGGCAAUAACGCUGAUCGAAUUUUUCAUUGAGGAAGACGCAUGGUCCGUUGAUGAUGAAGUUGAUGCUGUUUUAGCAAUACAGAGAAGAAUGAAGAAUGAAGAAAUUCCUCAUAUUCCCUCGGCAACUCAAUGUUCGGACCAGAUAAGAAAGACCAUUACUAUGUGUGUGCAUUACAACCCUGGUGUCCGACCUUGUGCUGUAGAUUUCAUGAAAGCUUUUUGA